UGACUCUCCCUUGCCUGUGACUUCACGUGUCUGUUUUGUAAAAUUCCUUGAGUCUGAGUCGGUGGGAGUUUCUCAGCACCUGACCAACACGGUCUUCGUGGACAGAGCUUUGAUCGUGGUUCCUUUUGCUGAAGUGGACAAGUCAUUUGCAGAGAGCCCCUUCCUUGCUGGCUGACAGUGGUCCUCUGCUGCCAUCAGGAGAUUAGAAAAAAAUAUGGCACCAGGCUCGCAAGCCCCUUCUCUCUCUUGUUCUGCAGUAAAAUAUUAACUCUUUUUUUUCCUCUCUGUUUAAGGCAUCUUUAAAAACAAAAAAUAGCUGCACAAUUCUUAAAUCAAAUGAGGGAAUAGAGGGUGCAGGGAACAUAUUCACAGAAUUUAAACAUUUAUUUAUUGAUUUAUUUAUCCAUUUAUUUAUUGAUUUAUUUUAGAUGAUAUGUUUGUCGAUUAGUAGGGAUGCCCCGAGCAGGUGAAAAGGUUCUAGGCAAACCAAGCAAUUUUAAAUUUAAUGUAAGUGUUUAAGUUUUAGCUUAGGCUUGAACCAUUUUUGAUCCUAUAUUUAUAUUCGGACCUCUUGCACUUUUGGUAAAUCAGCUGUUAAAACGUGUGCUUGUUCCAGCUGCAUUUAGUUCCCUUUAUUGUGUCUACUUGUGAACUUGGACUGUAUCAAAAACCACUUACAAAGUUGUGAGUACAGCAUUUGGGUUUAUUUUGCUGCCUGAGGUAUGCUGUUGCAAACUGUAUUUUUUUUCUAUUCUAUUCUGCUGAAGGCAGCUAUGGCCAAAAAGAGUGAAAUGUCCUCUAUAUACACACAAGUAUUUUCCCUGAAUAGACCCACAGUGUUACAGGCCCACUCAGUCCUGAGGAGAUGUCAAACCUGCUGAAUGAAAGACAGCACCUGCGUCUCUGUUUUUUAAUGCAGAUAAAUUCAGCAAACUCAGUAUCUAUCGUACUAUCUAAACUGAAUUUAGUUUUUGUGAAUGUGGUGUGUUACAAAUUACUUUACAAAGAUAAAUAUAAAUACUGGAUCAAGACUUGGUGUUUGUGACUUUAAGUAGGAUCAAAAAGAAAGGCCGAUGUUCGGGACAUCCCUACACCAAGCACAAAGCAUGCAACAUAAGGGGGACUAAUCAGCUGUGCAUGCUAGACUAGAUGCUGACGGUGUGUACCAUCAUCUAAACAGUUAUCAUCAGUGGACUCUUUGGUUAUUGAUUAUGAGAGCACCAACUGCCUUUGGCAUUUACUUGCUUCAUGUGCCAAAGACUUGUAUUAUUUCCAUUGUGUUUUCAAUUUGUUUUGCCAAAUUUUCACUAACACACAAGAUAUAAAGAUAGUUUUAAGUGUUAAGUACAAAUGCCUUUUUUUAAAUUGACCCUCUCCACACAUGACUCUGAACGAGUUGAGUGAAUCUCACAUUUAACGGUGGUGUUUCUUUUGUUGUUGUGUUUUACAGUUCUUUUUCCUGGUUCAGCCAGCCCUAUAUACCAGGCCCUGCUGAAAAUGCCACCAACAGUUUUGUCUUCUGCAGCCUUAUCCUGUUUCUCAAGUGUCCUUUCUGUUGUGUGUGUGUGUGUGUGUGCGGGUGCGCGUGUCUCUCUUUCUCUCUCCCUCUCUCCCCCCCUUUUUAAAAUGUAAAAAAUAUCAGAUUAAAAAUAGCCUGUUUUCAGAUUUCACAGCCAUGGAUGGUCAACUCUCAUAAGAGUCUCCCUGUGAUUUUACUGUUUGGUUCUCGUCAGCUUUGGGCAUAUUUUACAUGAUUUCUGUGCUGGCAAUAGCCCAUAACUGUCUAGAGCAGAUUACCUUUGACAUUGUUUAGUGUUUAUUGUAAGAUACUGUUGGCUAACACCUAGCAGUACUGUAUCUGAUUAGCAGUAGUUUGUCUGGUUGCCAAGUAAGUUUCUUACUGUGGUGGAUUGUACACUGUGUAACCACCAACAAAAGCCCAGAAAAGGUAAAAUAACUGAGCCUUUUCUGUUUUUGUAUUGGUUAUGGUAAGUGAUGUUGAAAUGUACCCUUGUGUCUACACCCAAAUCAUGAACUUUGUUUUCUGUAUCUCAAUGUUUUUGUGUGCUUUUAUAGCGAAGCAGCCGGCGCGAGUCGCUUGUUCAUAAAACAUCUAAUGAAAGUUGAGAGCACAUCCCACGGGACAACUGGCUGUGCUUGCUUACGUUUGGUUCAUGACUUAAAAAACAAGUACAGGAGUGAUUCCUGAUGAAUCUAAAGCUAUGUCGCUGCUGGCUCCAGCCAAUGCUGUGGCAGGAAUGAUGCCUGGGGGAGGCCUUCUUCCAACACCUAAUCCUCUGGCAUCGAUGGGAGGGACACCCUUCGGAGGUCUAGGAGCUCCCAACAUGGAGCAGAUGGCUGCUAUGGGGAUGCCAGGGCCCAACAUGAACCCCCAGGCUCUUUCCGCAGACUUCUUAAAGCUCAUGCAGUCCAUGGACCCCAAAUUGAACCCAUUAGCGGCAGGGCUGAACCUGAGUCCAGGACUGAAGACCGACGCAUCCAAUAAGGAGAUUGAAGAGGCCAUGAAGAGAGUCAGAGAGGCCCAGUCUCUCAUCUCUGCUGCCAUUGAACCAGGAAAUAAGAAAGAUGACAAGCGCAAGCAUUCCCGCUCCCGUUCGCGGUCACGACGCAGGCGAUCCAGAUCUCGCUCAAGGCACAGACGUUCGAAAAGCAGGUCUCGGCGUAGGUCGCAUUCGAGGAGCAGAAGGAGGUCCAAGAGUCCCCGAAGGAGGAGGUCCCACUCCAGGGAUAGAAGCCGCCGCAGUAGAUCUAGGGACAGGAGGAAGGAGGAAAAAUCUAAGAAAAGGUCCAAGACGCCUCCUAAGAGCUACAGCAGUGCCCGGAGAUCUCGGAGCAUUAGUCGGCGGCACAGGAGAAGCCGUAGUGCUACAAGGUCUCCCAGGAGGAGGCCCUCCAGAUCUCCAUCGCCCAGACGCCAUAAGAAGGAGAAGAAGAAGGACAAGGACCGUGAGAAGGAACGGGAUAGAGACAGGAGGGAAGACAGGGACCGUAGCAGAGACGAACGAGAACGCUCCAACAGUAAAAAGAAGAAGAGUAAAGACAAGGAGCGAGAUCGGGACCGCAAGUCUGACAGUGAGAAAGGUGACGUUAAGGUGACCCGGGAUUACGACGAAGAAGAACAAGGGUAUGACAGUGAAAAAGAAGGAGAGGAGGAGGAGGAUGAGAGGAAGAGCGACUCUGACUCUGUCUCAUCCCCUAAAGGCCAAGAGGAGAUGGAGAGAUCUGAGGGCCAAAUCCCCAAAAAGUCCAAACUGAAUGGAGACGAUCACCAUCAGGAAGACAUGGAGAUGAGUGAUUAAGAAAGUCCUGAACUGGACUGUAUUAAUCUUUCCACUGUCCUUUUUAUAUUUUUAAUAUAGGCCACAAUAUGUCUGUGCCUGAUCGCUCAAAAGUUAAACAGAUUUUUUUUUUUGUCUUAACUGUAGAAGCAUUGUGAAAGCGGGGUGUAGAAAAAGCAGUCCAUUUUUGUAAAGACGUGAGAAAACAAAGCCUAAAAAUUUGGAUAACGUGGUUUUAAAUUGUCAUUGCUGUACUUUUUAAAGAUGUUGUUGAUUUUGUUCUGUUGCCUUGGUUCAAACCUUGUCCUCCUGACAGUAGAAUACACAGUAAAAUGCUGUACCUGUAAAUAUUGUACUCGUCAGGAUUCAGUCCUUUACUCGGAUGUUAGUCACUCACCACCCAGCACUACUUUGAUUUCUUUCGGUUGUUGAACCAUUUUGCUUUAACUGUAAUGCACCCAAUUGUGUCACCUCUGCUGACCUUCCUAUUUCCAACCCUUUGUAAGUGUACAUUGUAGAUUAAAAUGUGUUGUUACAAUGAAAUGCGUUGUCUGCAAUAUGUUUUCCAAAGGAAACAAAUAAAAUUGGGUUAAACCAUCAAA